AUGGCUGAAACGCCGAAAAAGUCAGUUGGAAGACCUUUAAAAAAGCCAAGUUGCAGUGACUUUUGUCGUGUUUGUGGCUGUAACUUCAAUACUUAUUACGGUGAUUUUAAACGAAGAGUUUCUACAGAGAAUCUCUUUGAGAUCCCUAAACGAGCGGGCGUUGAGAAAAGUCGCUUGGCUGACCUGUUGUGCGAACUUGGAAUUACAUGUGAGCAAUCAAGUUCUCUUUCUUCUCGUGUCUGUGCAAAAUGCGGCACCAAAAUAAGAAAUGCUAUCGGACUUUGUCGAUUUCUUCGGGGAAGUCUUCUCUUCCAACCCCCGAAAAGUGUUGUGGACGUUGAACAUUCGCCGAUUGCGAUCGAGCGUUUUAAACGAAUGGCACGGUCUCCUGUAAGUGAAGGUCUUGCUUCGUCGUCUUACGAUGGUGUAAGGACUGGCAAAGCACGCAGAUCAAUUGUUUAUGGCCCUUCUGAAGACGAAACAUCACUAGUACUCGAGAAAACGGAUCAACUGAAGGUUGUAAUCCCAACAAAGGAUGACACGAUUUCCCUACGAUCUGCCCCAGACGAGCUUACAGAAAAGAUCGUGAAAAACAUCUGCAAUCGCAACUGGAAACCAGUCGCCAAUGCGAUGUUCGCACAUACGGAGCUCAGGAACGAAUUGAUGUCGGCUCUCUCCAAAAAUUUAUCUCGUGAAAUGUCUGAUUAUUGCCACAGUGAAAGCAUGCUCAAGUACAGUACACCAAGUGAGUUGUCCGCGUUCUCUAAUAGAACUUUCGUGCACGAAGUUAAAGUAUUUUGCCCUUUAUGGUACUCGUGUAUUAUUGGAGCUGCAAACGUUGGCGAUGACAUCGAGGAAAGUAUAAAUCCCAUGGCUUUAGCGACUGCUUCAAUCGCACGCCAUCGAAACAGCCGUAUGUCUGCAUUCGCAAAGCGAAUUUCCACCGUUUUGGUUCAUACUGGAGCAAAAGCAGAUGACUUCACUCGAUUGAAUAGGCUUGGCAUCUGCUCUUCUCACAAGCAGGUAAUCCGUGAUCAGGUUGAAAUGGGCAGUCAGCAUGAUGUGAAAGUAUUGAUGUGGAAACGUGCCAUUGAGGAGAGAAAGGGAACUUUGCUGUUAAUCGAAGAAAUACAAAGCCAGGCUGCAAGUAUGGACGCGCCAGUCGAUGUGUCCCAAGCUGCGCUAGAGGGCAAGUAUUUUUAUUCUGAAUUGUCAUUCAACAAGCUGAGUGGCCUUCUUCACAGAGAAGAUGGAGAAAAUUGCCUUGCCAGUGCUGAGGAGUUAGCGAGCGCAAAACAGGAAUUGCUGAAGGAAGAGCAAGUGUCUUACAGGUACACUUUCUAGCAACAACUUGAACAUCAUUUUAAUUUUAUCCUGAGUAAAAGAAAUCACGAACUACAUUGAUUAAGGUUACAUCGCAAGGGUCAACUCAUUUGUUCCAAUUAUUGUUAUUUACAAGUUGUUUAUUUAAACUUCCAAAAAUAUAUAGAUAAUGGGACUGACUCCCAUUUCUUCCACUCUUCGGUUUUGAAUAAAUAAUUUUAUUCACUCACUCUGUUAUCAUAAAAAGGCCUUUCACAAAUAACUGUAAAUAACUUUAUUUUUGUAUUGUUUAAAAUUAUUACAUUAUUCGGGCAUUGGCAAUUUUUUUGGUUACAAUAACUUUAUCUUUAGACAUCUAUAUUAUUAUGGUGGUUGAAGUUAUCUGGAAACAGCCUAAUUUGUUGCAGGUUUCAAAUGUUUAUUCUUCCUACUGAAGACAGGUUUUUUCUUUUUUUUAGAAUUGUAGCUGACAACUUGGAUUUCAGCCUCUCUGCCAGGAUCCAAACCAGCAAACUGAGAAACCAGUCAAUUCAUUGGACUCAUCACCUUGCUAUCCGUGAUAGGGUCGUAACCCCUUGCAGGGACCAUGCUGCAGCGACAGGUCAAAGAAAGCUCAUGGACCUGGAGUUAUCCGAGUUGCUACCUAGCGAAGACAGUAACUUUACUGUUGAAAGUGACUUCAUCACUCUGGUGUCAAGGAUAUUAGUAAAGUACCUACCUGCUUUCAGUUUUUUAAAGGACGUUGUGGUCCACCAUAUUCCUCAUCAAUACAGUCAGGAGAUGGCACAAAAAUCUGAGGUGGUA